AUGAUCAUAAAGCUACUAGUAAUGAUAUACACAGUAUAUGCAAGACUCGAGCUGUGCGAUAUAAAGGAAAUAGAAGAGAAUAUUUUUGCUGCAAGGCUAGAGAAUAUAUUCAUAAAUCCAGAUGGACCAUUAAACCCGCUGAGAGGAUAUAUUUUUUAUAAGAACGAAUUAUUGUACAACAAGAGAUUUUUUUCUCCUGGGAUAAGGGCAGAUUAUAGUUUGAACCGAUAUAGAGAUUUAAGAGAGAAUGUGCCAGAGUAUAAAUACAAAUUCAGAAGGAAUCCAGAGAAUGACACACCAUAUAGAAACAAUAAUGGUAUAGAUGGAUUUAACACUGAAUUAGAGUAUUUGUCUGAUUUUCAUCAGAAAAUGAUAUAUAUGUUUCCAUGUGUAAAUGGCAUGAUUUCUAUUGAACCGCAUAAAAACAACUCAUUUACUCGGUUUCUAAGAAAACAUAGCAGCAAACCCGGCACUAUAUACCUUCUUGCUACACUCAUACUUCUUUCAGAGGGAGUUGAUGUUCCCAUUGAAGUAGACAAGAGCAUAGAAGGAAGUGAGAGAAUAGUUCUAAAAAAUGAAAACUUUGUUUUUAUUGACCUGCCAUUACAGCUGGAGAGUAUUGUGGCAGAUAAGUCUAAAAAGAAAAUUUAUCAGAAGGAAACAGAAGAGAUUGUACUUUUCUUUAAGAAUCUGUGCAGAGAGCCUUUUUUAUCCGAAGUAAAAAAACGCGAAGAGCCAGAUAGUCAAGGAGAGUUUUAUAGUGGUGAUUUUCUUGACAGCCCAAAGUUCCUUAUACAGUCAUAUAUUUUUGAAUACAUAGAUAGUAUAGAGCAGUACAGGAAGCUUAUAGCAGCUGUAAGAGUUUUUCUAAUAGACCUCGAAUUAUAUCCAGGAAUAUCAGAAUAUCAGAAGGAACAUAUUAAUAAGACUAUAAAUCGUUGUUUUAUAGAAAACAAUCCAGAUAAUAGUAUUAAGAAUACUUAUGCAGCAGAUAUUUACAGUCUAAAAACUAAAAUAGACAAUGAAGCAAUACUUCCUUUCAUAUGUUAUACAAUGGUACCUUCAUACACUCGUAUACCAGAGAAUAUUCCAGAGAACUCACAGGAUCCUAUAAAAGAUGAAAUACUACAGUACGCUAAUCAUGUGGAGACAAUGCUUUUGAAUUUGUUCAUGUGUCUUACAUACAAUCCAGAAACCAACAAAUGCUCAACAGAAUAUAUGCAUGGUGCCUCUACAGCACUAAUAGAAUUCUUUAAUAAAUAUUCAGUGCCAACAGAGAAUGCAAGUCAGACCAAGCACAGAGACUGGUGCAAAGUUGUAUCAAGGUUGAAUAAUCCAAACAUUAGGUAUGCAAAAGAGAGUAGAACAAUGCUACAUGCUGGGCUAGAGAACAUUCUAUAUGUGAUAUGCGAACUAUUUCCACUAAAUCAUGCUAUGCGUAAUACUAUAGUGAAUACAAUUCAUAUUUCACGUAAUACAGGCUUAGAAAGAACAAAAAAAUUAGAAGAACUAUUUCUGAAUAUUCUCAAUCGUUGCUUAGCAGGAAAUCAUCAAAUAAGUAUUAGUACGUCAAUAUUAGCACCACUUUCAGAAAACCGCCAGAGCAUUGAUGUAUUUGGAAGUAUUACACUUGUUUUUGAGAGAAAUAACAAAAAAGAACGUAUAGAGCUAAUUACUUUCCCAGUGAUGUCUAGGUUUACAUUACUAUCUGAUUUUAGAGAUUAUUCUGAAGAUAUAAAAAAUGAAUUUAUGGGCCUUAAAGAAAAGUAUUCGGACAUAAAUAAGUACACUGGAAAUCUAAUUAGUAAUUAUUUAAAUAACACUCUAGAGUCACUUAAGAAAAAAACACUAGAGCAAAAUCUGGGUAUGCUUAAUAAUAUACUAAAGAAUGAAAAUAUUCAAAAUAGACUGUUUUUAUAUGGAUAUGGCGAUAUAGACUAUAAAGCAGCUAUAAUUAACUACUUCUGCAUCACUAACAGAAACAGAGUAAGCGACAAUCAACUAUUGUGUAUUAUUAUAAAUAUUAUAGGAAAUACACUUAUUCCUAAUCUAGAAACCAGAAAGAAAAUACUUCCACAGAUAAUGUAUUUCACUGAGCAUAAAGAACACUUUUCAAAUAUUGAAUAUGAUUUAGAAAAUAUGCCUACAGCAGAAAUUAGUAAUGAUUUGCUUAACAAUAUAAUAGAAAGUAUGAUUUAUAUAAACCAUUCUAAAGAAGCCUUCUUAGAAUAUUUCAGUUAUUUCUUGAAGAAAUCUAUUUAUUAUAAGCAAGAAUUAAAAAUAUUUGGAGUAUUAGAUUCUUUUAAAGCGAUAUUUAUUAAAGUGCCAGAAAAGUAUGAAUUUGGUAUACUAACAGAAAUAAUGCAGAAAAUGAAAGAAUGUAUGGAAUCAAAUGCAGUAACAUCAUUAAAUAAUAUUUGGUUUGCAUGGCUAUGUUAUGCAUGUAUGAAUAUUAAUAAUCCCAUGUUUAUUAAUUUUAUUUAUGCAUAUUUAGAUCCUAUGCGUGUUAGUAAUGAGUAUAUACUCCGAAAUGCUAUUAAAUUAAAAAAUAUAUCUAAAAAGAUUCUAUCUGCCCUAGAAAAAGAAAAAGAGUCACUUUGCAAUGGAAAUGACCCUGUGAGUAAAAAAAAGUAUGACAAGCUCACAAGUAUUUUCAAAUCUCAGCUUAUCACUGAAAUCGGCGGAUUAAGUUUAUCUGAAAUGCCUUCUAGGAAAAGAAUUUACUGUGGCCAACGUACUCAUAAGGAAUAACAGCACUGCCACCCUGCUACAUAGUCAAGAGAGAAAAGAGAGUGAAAGGGGAGAGAUAUUUAUUGUCUUUAGAAAGCGGCAUAGGCCUGCGCGAACUCGGAGUCCAAGGGCACAGCUGUGUUAGGCCUGGCGCUAAAGUUAAGUCGUCGUGCUUCCCUGAGUCUUCCCCUAAAUUGAGAAAAGAGCUCCGGUUAAAUAGUCGGAAGCUGAUAUACUGAUUCAGUAAUCUUGGCCUUUUUCUUUGACGGAAUCAUCGUGCGAGAUGGUGCGCAGACGGAUCGCCCACGGGGGCUCGCGUCUGAGUGGUAGUGUCACCACAGUCAUAUUUUAAUUAUAACCCGA